UUAACGAAGAACUUAGAAACAAAGCAUACACACAAAGAAAAUUGUGAAAAAAUUAAAACCAACAUUUUUUUAUUCGACGCGGUAUACUAUUAUAAAGUUUUUAAGAAUUUGUGUGGUGUUUUUCUGUUGUGACGAUUUCAUUAAAAUAAGUGAUUAACUGAACAACAAAAACAACAGCAGUGAACAUGGAAGAUCCUAAUCGCAUGAUGGCCCAUACGGGUGGCAUGAUGGCACCACAGGGCUAUGGUAUGCCUGGACAAGAUGAUGGUCAAAAUACAGGCAACGAGAAUGAUGUUCGCAAACAAAAGGAUAUUGGUGAAAUUUUACAACAAAUAAUGAGUAUAUCGGAGCAAUCGUUGGAUGAGGCCCAAGCUCGAAAACAUACAUUAAAUUGUCAUCGCAUGAAACCGGCAUUAUUUUCUGUAUUAUGUGAAAUUAAGGAAAAAACCGUCCUCUCAAUUCGUAAUACCCAAGAGGAGGAGCCACCAGAUCCACAGUUAAUGCGUUUAGACAACAUGUUGAUUGCCGAGGGUGUUGCUGGUCCCGAAAAAGGUGGUGGUGGUGCAGCAGCUGCUUCUGCUGCUGCAGCAAGUCAAGUAGGUUCGUCCCUCUCUAUAGAUGGUGCCGACAAUGCAAUUGAGCAUUCAGAUUAUCGUGCUAAAUUGGCACAAAUUCGUCAGAUUUAUCAUCAAGAAUUGGAAAAAUACGAACAAGCGUGCAAUGAAUUCACCACCCACGUCAUGAAUCUAUUGCGUGAACAAAGUCGUACAAGACCAAUUACGCCUAAAGAGAUUGAGCGUAUGGUACAAAUUAUACACAAGAAAUUUAGUUCCAUUCAAAUGCAAUUGAAACAGUCAACAUGUGAGGCGGUCAUGAUCUUACGUUCGCGGUUCCUAGAUGCCCGGCGCAAACGUAGAAACUUUAGCAAGCAGGCUUCGGAGAUCUUAAAUGAGUACUUUUACAGUCACCUAAGUAAUCCCUAUCCCUCUGAGGAAGCGAAGGAAGAAUUGGCCCGCAAAUGUGGCAUAACGGUCUCUCAAGUUUCCAAUUGGUUUGGAAAUAAACGCAUUCGUUAUAAGAAGAACAUUGGCAAAGCCCAAGAAGAGGCAAAUUUGUAUGCUGCCAAGAAGGCAGCAGGAGCCUCUCCCUAUUCAAUGGCAGGACCUCCUAGCGGCACCACCACACCUAUGAUGUCACCAGCUCCUCCGCAAGACUCCAUGGGUUAUUCCAUGGGCUCCGGUGGCUACGAUCAACAGCAACCAUAUGACAAUAGCAUGGGCGGCUACGAUCCUACUCUACACCAGGAUCUUAGCCCUUGAGGACGUUACUUUGAUAACAAAUAUUAAAAGGAUGGAGGGUGUGUCUGUCCCCCCCAAAUUACCUAAACCAACGCACUUUGAUUUUUAGUAUAUUUUUCAUCUUAUUUCUUCCCUUACUUACUGAAAUGGGCUUUUUAAAGUUUAAACGUAGUAGGUGUAUUAUUUCUUCUAUAAAAAAUUGUUUGUUUUUUUUUAUUUUCUUUAAUAUUUACUUUUAAUUUUAUCUUUAGGAUUUAAGUGUAACAACAAAAAGAAGGAAAGGAAAAUAUAAAGUUUUCUUUUUUUGAUGCAAUUGUUUUCUUAUUUUUGCUUUUUACAAUUAUUUCUGUUCCCUUCAGUUCGCAUUUUAAAAUUCACAAAUUCAGUUUUAAUCGCAUUAAGGCCGCAUAUACGUAAAUUUUUUCCAAUCUUUAGUAUUUACUAAAUUUAGCAUUAAGAUUUAACACAAACAUAACAACAAGUAUACUUGAGAAAAACAUUUGUAACCGUAUGUAUACUGAAUAAUAUUUUAAAUUUAUUUAAACUACUCUAUAAAAACAAACAAAAAUUUCGAUAAAGUAUUAAAACAAAAAAAACUAAUUAUGUCACACAAUAGUUAUACGAUUGAAAGCAAAAAUCAGAAAACGUUAAAACUUUUAACAUGUAUACGAGAUAAAUUAUAAAUUUAAUUUUCAUUUUGCAUAACAAAAUUUAAUAAAACUAAAUAAGAAAAACAAGAAUAGUGUACUUUUAUGGCCUCACAAAAUUGACAACUCCUACAAAUAAACCGUUUCGAACACUAGUAUUAUCCAAAAAAAAAAAAUAAAAAAACUUUAAAAAAUAACCACUACAUUCAAUGUAUACUAAAAACAAAAUGAUGUAUACCAAGUCUUAAAGUAUAAAUAUAAAUACUUAUAUAUACAAAACAAAACUAUACAUAUAAAUUACUAUAUAACUAAAUAUAUAUAUAUAUAUUUAAUUAAACUAACAAUAUUGAUGCAAUAUUUUUUAGAUUUAAAAAUAUUAAGCCAACAAUAAUAAUUCACAUAAAACCAACAAACAAACCAGCAGCUAUAAAUAAUUUAAAAUGAACUUUGUAACACCACUUAUUUUAGUUUGUUGUAUUUUAAGUUUAAACUGAAACUAAAAAAAAAAAUUCAAGUAUACGAUGAACGAAAACUAAAACAUUUUACAAAUGAUAUAAAAUACUAACUUAAUGUUCGAUCAAUUCAAUAUGGCAAUAUCUAGAUGUAUGUAUGCAUGUAUAUUGAAACAUACAAUCCAAUCAUGCAAACAAAUACUUAUUAACAAUUUUUAUAAUAUUUUAAUACACAUUUUCAGUUUUUAGCCAAAUAAAAGUUUCCCAUUUUAUUCCCAAAAUUGCAAUUAAAUAAUUACAUUUCUGCCUGUCAUCGAAUAAGAAAAUAAUGACUAAAUAAACAAACUAUUAACACUAUUGAUUAUUUCAAAUCAAAUACAAAUUACUAUACAUACAACAAAUGAAAACAAAGAAAAACUUAAUAAAAAAUGUGGCAAACAAAAA